AUGCAAAGCAAAAUUCGACAUCUGGAGCAGCAGCUAUUCAAGGCUAUACCAAAACCUGUGCACACCGCGACGGUUGCGACUCCUGCCACCGACAUCGAGACAACCUCGUCCAAGUUCGCAGGCACGUUCCAUGUGCACGGCAGCAACACUGCCAGCAGCUUGUUUGGCCGGUCUGCAUUGAUGUCUCGGAGUAUCUCACACAAGACACGAUUACUUGGCCAAAGUCAUUGGAUGAACGGUGCUGUUCCUAUUACCAAAAGCUUUGUCGCGAUAAUCGAGCCAUAUCUUAGGGAGGGCAAGCCCAAGAUAUACCCCCGGCAUCUCGCCGAUGGGCUUGUCGGCCGAUAUCUCGAGACCUUCGAGACAGUGUACCGAGUUUUACACAUUCCCGCUUUCAAGAGAGACUACGAAGCCAUCUGGGCCAAACCCGGCACCCAGCCCGAAACCUAUUUCCUCGUCCAACUCAAACUCGUCCUCGCUCUCGGUGCGGUCACGUAUGACCACAAUUUCUCCCUACGCACCGAAGCAACAAGGUGGAUCUACGAAGCCCAGACCUAUCUCUCCGAGCCCGUCUUUAAGAGUCGUUUGAGGAUCCAGACGGUCCAGACGCGAAUCCUGCUCCUCCUUGCCAUGGAAGCCGUCGAUAUCAGUGGCGACAGCAUAUGGAUCGCAUCAGGCUCGCUUAUCAGGACUGCAAUUACCAUGGGUCUCCAUCGUGACCCACGACAUCUUCCCGAGAUGACACCCUUGGCAGCAGAGAUGAGACGGCGGCUCUGGAAUACCAUACUGGAGAUGUCCUUACAGGCAAGCAUGUCCAAGGGCGGGCCGCCACUGCUCUCUAUGAACGACUUCGACGCAGAAGCGCCGAGCAACAUGGAUGACGAGGCACUCACAGCUGGGCUUAGCCAUAUACCGGACGACAGCAGCGAUCCAACUAUUAUGUCGGUUCCAAGAGCUUUGCGGGCGACGUACCCUGUUAGAAUGAAAAUUACGAAAUUUCUCAACGAUCUCAAUAUGACAGGCGUGGCCUACGAGGACACGCUUCAGCUCGACACAGAAGUCAAAGAAGCCUUCAAAGAGCUCCGCCGUAGCCUCCACCCGCUCCGAGACCAGCCAUCGGCCAGAUUCGCAGCCCUUGCGGCCGAGGUCAUCAUGAACCGGUACCUUUGCACACUCCACAUGCCCUACUUUGCCGCGUCCCUCGAAUCCCCAGCCUAUGCAUUCUCGAGACAAAUGGUCGUCGACAACCUCCUGAAGAUCUGGUGCGCCACCUGGCCAUCCUCAUCUAUCGCCGGCAUCACAGCUUCGGCACAGAGCGUGUACUCGACGCCGUCGGCAGGCUCCUCGGUGUCAAGCGAGGAGCUCCUGGCGAGGCUCAUCACCUGCGGGUCGGGGUUCUUCCGGACAGCCGCCGUGCAGGUGUCCUUCACCAUCCCGAUGGAGCUGCACGCGCAGCUCCAGGACGACGAGGGCCUCGGCCCCACGCGCCUGAGGCGCGACCUCGCCGCCGUGACGGAGGAGAUCAUGGCCUGGUCCUGGCGGUGCAUGGAGGCGGGCGAGACGAGCGUCAAGGGCUUCCUGAUGUCGUCGCUGCUGGUGGCGCAGACCCAGGCCCUCCAGCGGGGGCCCAUCGCGGACAGGGCGGAGCUCGCGCGGUUCCUCAUCGGGGAGGGCCAGAAGGCUGCCGAGAGGUGCGUGCCGCUCAUGGAGGCGACGGUGGAGCGGACCAAGCAGCAGGGGGCGCCGGCGAUCGUGGACGAGUUUGGCCCGUCGCCGGGGCUGACGGAGGACUGGGAUUUUACGCGCAUGACGGACGCAAUGUUCGUGCCUGAAGGGCAGGGUGCAAUGAGCUGGUUUGACAGCGCCUCUAUGCCAGGCCUGUAUUUUUGGUGA